UUAUCACUAUAAAUAGUUGUUGAUUGAAUUUAUAUUCGACUACAAUUAAACUUUGAGUAUAUCAAGGAUGAAAAUCAAAUCUUUUAUCUUCGUGUUAUAUUUUUGUGCACUAAUUCUUAUCUCUGUUAGAGCAAUUGAGCUAUCCAAUGAUGGGAAACAAAUUGGUGCAACCGAAGAAUCCAACACAAAAAUUGUGGUAGACGGGGAUGCAGGUUUGCAAAAAGGCGGUCACAUUGAAGAUCAUAGACGAGGACAUGUUGAUGGAGGUUGGGGAUUUUGGGGAAGUUGGGGAGGUUGGAAAGGUUGGAUAGAAUGGACAGGAUUUGGAGGAGGACCUAAAGGAAAAGGCGGAUCGGUAGGAAAUGAAGGAGGAGGAGGAGGAGGAGGAGGAGGAGGAAAGAAAGGCGAACAAAAACCAGGUUGGGAACGAGUACAAAAUGAAAGACCUAAAUGGGGAGGAGAAGAAGGCCAAAAUGGCGAAAAUCGAGGGACUAAAGAGCGUCCAUGGAUACCAAGCACAUGGAUACCAAACAAAUAAAUGUGUGUCAAUGUAUACGAAAGAAAAAUUUGUUAAAUUUAUGAAAAUUAAAAUAAAAGAUGAUCAAUGAGAAAGAUCAUCACUUGAGAAUGAUUCUUACCUUA